AUGAGUGGCAGAAAAACUACCACUCAUCGCAAGAACGGAAAUGAAACUGACGAGUGUUAUAGAGAACGUGAUCAUUCAUGGGGUUACCAGUUAAAGAAAGGAAAGGUGCGAUGGGGUAUUCCUAUUGCUACCGCGGAAAUCGGACAGUGUGGUGCAACAGAACAUGGGCAGUGUGCUGCAACAGAACAUGGGCAGUGUGCUGCAACAGAACAUGGGCAGUGUGCUGCAACAGAACAUGGGCAGUGUGCUGCAACAGAACAUGGGCAGUGUGCUGCAACAGAACAUGGGCAGUGUGCUGCAACAGAACAUGGGCGGUGUGCUGCAACAGAACAUGGGCAGUGUGGUGCAACAACAGAACAUGGGCAGUGUGCUGCAACAGAACAUGGGCAGUGUGCUGCAGUGUGGUGCAACAGAACAUGGGCAGUGUGGUGCAACAGAACAUGGGCAAACAGAACAUGGGCAGUGUGGUGCAACAGAACAUGGGCAGUGUGCUGCAACAGAACAUGGGUGGUGUGCUGCAUGGGCAGUGUGCUGCAACAGAACAUGGGUGGUGUGGUGCAACAGAACAUGGGCAGUGUGCUGCAACAGAACAUGGGUGGUGUGCUGCAACAGAACAUGGGUGGUGUGCUGCAACAGAACAUGGGUGGUGUGGUGCAACAGAACAUGGGCAGUGUGCUGCAACAGAACAUGGGCAGUGUGCUGCAACAGAACAUGGGCAGUGUGCUGCAACAGAACAUGGGCAGUGUGCUGCAACAGAACAUGGGUGGUGUGGUGCAACAGAACAUGGGCAGUGUGCUGCAACAGAACAUGGGUGGUGUGCUGCAACAGAACAUGGGCAGUGUGCUGCAACAGAACAUGGGUGGUGUGGUGCAACAGAACAUGGGCAGUGUGCUGCAACAGAACAUGGGCAGUGUGCUGCAACAGAACAUGGGCAGUGUGCUGCAACAGAACAUGUGGGUGAAGUAUGCUUGGAAGUAG